AUUGGAACCAAAUUCGUUGACAACGGUUGAAAAAUUCUCUUCUUUUUUAGCCGAUUAAAGCAAUUUUCCGCCGUAUAAAAUAAAAUAAAGUCAAGAAAACGUAAAAAUGAGUCACAGACAAGUUCUACAAGUAUUUGAGCAGUACCAGAAGGCCAGGACCCAGUUUGUCCAGACUGUGGCAGAGCUUGCAACUCGGCCCCAGAACAUCGAGACCCUCCAGAAUGCCGGUGUCAUGUCCCUCCUCCGGCCAUUGCUCCUCGACAUUGUACCAACAAUCCAACAGACAGCAGCCCUGGCCCUUGGACGCCUGGCAAACUACAAUGAUGAUUUGGCUGAGGCUGUUGUGAAGGGAGAUAUUUUGCCCCAGCUUGUGUAUUCACUGGCAGAGCAGAAUCGUUUCUACAAGAAGGCUGCCGCUUUCGUCCUUCGUGCCGUUGCCAAGCACUCACCGCAGCUCGCUCAGUCCGUGGUUGACUGUGGCGCCCUUGAUGCUCUUGUGAUCUGCUUGGAGGAAUUUGAUCCCGGUGUGAAGGAUGCUGCUGCGUGGGCACUGGGCUAUAUCGCCAGGCAUAAUGCAGAGCUUGCCCAGGCUGUUGUUGAUGCUGGCGCAGUACCCCUCCUUGUCCUCUGCAUCCAAGAGCCAGAAUUAUCCCUGAAGAGAGUAGCUGCAUCUGCUCUGAGCGACAUCUGUAAACAUUCACCAGAACUAGCUCAGACUGUUGUUGAUGCCGGCGCCAUUGCUCACCUCGCACAAAUGAUCCUGAACCCAGAUGGAAAACUGAAGCGUCAAGUAUUCUCCGCCCUGAGCCAGAUCUCCAAGCAUUCUGUUGACCUCGCCGAGAUGGUUGUCGAGGCAGAAAUCUUCCCCGCUGUUCUCACUUGUCUGAAAGAUUCAGAUGAAUACGUCCGUAAGAACGUGGCCACCCUGAUCAGAGAAAUUGCUAAACACACACCAGAGCUUGCCCAGUUGAUUGUGAAUGCCGGUGGUGUCGCCGCUGUGGUUGAUUAUGUUGGCGACUGCAAGGGAAAUGUCCGUCUGCCUGGUAUCAUGAUGCUUGGUUACGUCGCAGCACACUCUGAAAAUCUCGCCAUGGCCGUCAUUGUGUCCAAGGGAGUUGUGCAAUUGGCUAUCGCACUAUCGGAAGAACCCGAGGACCACAUCCAGGCAGCAGCGGCGUGGGCGCUGGGUCAAAUAGGACGGCAUACCCCAGACCACGCCAAGGCAGUAGCAGUUGCUAACGUGUUACCACGGUUGCUACAAAGUUACCUUAGACCAGAAGCAUCAGAAGAUUUACAGACAAAGUCAAAGAAAGCCCUAAAGAACAUCCUACAGAAAUGCGUGCACUUGCCAGCCCUUGAGCCUCUGCUCUCAGACGCACCACCAAACAUCCUCAAGCACGUUGUCGGACAGUUUAGCAAGGUUCUGCCACACGACCCCAAGGCUCGGCGCCUAUUUGUUACGAGUGGCGGCUUGAAAAAGAUACAAGAAAUCAAAACGGAACCCGGAUCAGCCCUUGCAGAAUACAUCAACAAUAUCAACAACUGCUAUCCAGAAGAAGUCGUCAAAUACUACUCCCCCGGAUACUCUGAGCAGCUUUUGGACCGUGUGGAGACCUUUCAACCAAACUAAACUCUGCAUUUGACGACUAUCACAAAGACUGCAUAAACUUUCGUAAAAAAACUGACAUUUGACUCCGUGCUUAUGGUUAAGCAUUUGUAAAAAGUGAUUGUUUUCUGACGGAGAAAUAAAUUCUGGAGAAGUGUACUCGCAAGAUCAUGACACAGGAGUAUGCUGCGGCAAAAAUGCUGUACUUUUAUGCAAUUUGUUUUACUUUGUUGUAUGAUUGAGAAGCAACGCAAGAAACUACAUACUGUAGUUGAACCAUCAUCAUUGCUGCUAAGUUUUUAUUUUUUUCCACUAUUCAAAUUAUGAAUUGAUGUAAACCUUGAAAAUCGAAUCAACAGUGAGCAAAGUGUACUGUUGUGGAUAGUACCAAGGGAUGAAUAAUUUGAUUGUAAAACUAUAAUGCCUUAUGAGCAUUACAUUAAUACAUGAUCUUUUUAAGCAAAACAGUUUUGCUUUUCAACAGAUACAUUCCAAGUCCUAACUCGAGCUGGUUGAUAUUUUAUGGCAACUUUAGGAGAAAUUUUUCUAUCGAUCAAGACUUUGGGUCCCUCUGUUGUGUGUUUGUAUGCUUGUGGAAUACAGUAUGCUUGUGGGGUUAUAGUGUGAUUGUGGGGUCUCGUGUGCUUGUUUUGGAUGUGUUGUCUGCUUGUGACCAACAGAGUUCUUUUGCGUCUCUUUGUAUUUUUGGCAGAUAUUUUGGGAUGUAUUAGAUGGGUGUUAGCUCUCCUCUGGCUAAACUGCCAAUAACUGGGGGGAAGAAACACUUUGGACUCAAAUUCGAAUUGAUGUAAUUAUUCUUAUUCAAAAGUUUUGGCAAAAGCCUCAAGUAAAUUAAUUUCAGUUUUACAAGACCAUGACUGUUUGUUUUGUUCACCACCAGUUCAUGUGGCUUUACAUAUCUUUGCAAAAACUAAACUAUGAUGGUACCAAAUCGGCUGUUGUUUCAUUUUCUAAAUCAUUCACUUAAGUUCACUGGAAUAUAUCAUAUCACUCUGAUGGAUCAAUUAAUGAAGUAUACAGAAAUCCCUAAUCAAGGACGAGUAUGGGGCAUCACUUUGUCACUCUGGGGUCAAAGGUCCAAGACAGACUCUCUUGCACAGACAGGACAAAUUGCACAAAUUUACCCACCAGUGAUAUUUUUAUGUCCCCUCCUUGAUUUAUCCUUAAUUUAUAAUGUUCAAUCUGUGUUUUACCUGUAUACUGUUCAGAUUAUUAAACAUUUUAUAUUUUUA